CCGCCACAGCCGCUGGUGCAGCUUCUGCUCGGGCUGCACGUGUACUGGCGCUCCCGGACCUGGUGGCUCUGGGUGGCUAGGAUCUCUGGCUGGGCGCCAGCCACGGCGGUGGCGGCAGAGAUGCACGUGUUCCUGGAGGUACGCAGACAGCUGGAGAGCGCGCUGCUGAUCCUGGGAGAGCCAAAGGAAGGAGGCAUGCCCAUGGAUAUCUCUGUAACUCCAUCCUCCCUUCAGAUGAAAACCCCUGAAGGCUGCACAGAGGUCCGGCUUCCAGCAGAGGUCAGGCUUGUACCUUCUUCUAGCCGUGGGCUGCGGUAUGUUGCCGGCGAUGGACUGCAUCUGCGGCUGCAGGCGCAGGCAGAAUUCAGCACAAAACUGAUUUCAAUGUUUAAUCAAAGCUCACACACCCGAGGCUGUUGCACAUUUUAUUGCCAAUCCUGUGGUGAAGUCAUAAUCAGGGACAGGAAGCUCCUUAGGGUGCUCCCCUUGCCGACAGAGAACUGGGGAGUUCUGGUUGGAGAAUGGUGCUGUCAUCCGGACCCCUUUGCUAAUAAGCCACUUGAUCCACAAGAGAAUGACUGUUUUAUUGGAGACUCUUUCUUCCUGGUGAAUUUAAGAAAUGAUCUGUGGCAGCCAAGACCUCAGCUAGCUCCAGCAGAGACGCACUGUCUUUCUUCUGAGAACCACUUUAAAUUGAAACCAAAGGCAAAUACCAAAGUAAUUUGUAAGCGUUGCAAGGUAAUGAUGGGGGAGACUAUGUCAUCAGAAACAAUUAAGUUUUAUAUGACAGAGAUGAUUAUUCAGCCAUCUGAGAGAAAUUUUCCCAUCAUACCAAGGUCUCAGUUUGUACAGAGCAUUAUCGCCCAAUGUCUGAUGGAACUCUCCUCUGCUAGAAGCACUUUUAGAUUCAUUAUUCAAGGUCAUGAUGGCAAAACGUACAUCUUGCUCUGGCUUUUAAACUCAGACAGUUUGGUGAUUGAAUCUUUGGGAAAUUCUAAAAGUGUCAAAAAGUUUCCCUUGCUGGAAGAUGUAUCGAAGGCUGACUUCAGCUCUGCUUGGAAUGCUGUCAAGGUUCUGUACCAGCCAUGCAUCAAAAACAGGAAUGGAACGCUUACCAGCUCCUGGGAAAGUGACAUCAGCGUCCACUCUUUAACCCUGCCCUCUGCAACCUGCUUGGAGCUGCUGUUGAUAUUAUCAAGGAAUACUGCCAUGCUGCCUCCCUCCCUCCACUCCAUGAAUUCCUUUCAGGUGGCCUUUUUGAAGAUGUAACUGUAGGAGCUGAAGCAUUCCUCUCCGCAGCAGCACGGAGCACAUGGGAGGCCUCCCAGCAGUCAGCCCAGCGAACAGUGAUUACAGAGACAAAAACCAGAGCUACAGAAUGAGAGCACUUCAUUGAAGUCUUAAGUUUUACUUGCUUGCAUUCUUCUGUAAGAGAAGAGUUAAUAUCAAAUCUUUGAAAAAUCAAGGUGGUGAAGAAAGUCACAGUAGCAGGUUGAGAUAAGUAUACACAUUACGUCUCUAUUUCCCACAGAGAAGAAUAUUCAAAUAUGUGCUAUGUCAGCACCACUUGGAAAGAUGUUAGCUAGUAGAGACCCAUCUGUCCUGGGUGGAUUGCAGAGAGGGACUUCGUUGGUGAAAUUGGAUGUUAACUGCCAUAAAUCUUUGGAAAUAGAUUUUCAAAGAACUUCUGAGGUUCAUUUAAAACAAAGUUUAAAAAAGAAAAUAAAGAACUUUGUAUACUUUAUUCAGAAGAGAUGCUCAGGAAAUAAGUAUUGAAUAAAUAGUUAUCAAAUUAAAGGUUUUCCC